GGAAAAAGCAAAGUAAAAAAAAAUACGUCGAACUGUGCCAAUUGCAAACGCAUUAAUCGAAAGUUUAGCCACCUUCGAAGGAACACUCCAACAGAGUUAUACUUACGUCAGCAAACACGUGUUGAACGUGCAAGUUAGCAAAGAGCAUUCUAGAGCCAUCUACAGAGGAGCAGCAGCGCGCAAAGGAAAAAAAAAAAAAAAAGAAGCCAAGGGAAAGAAAUAGCAAAAGCAAAGCAGUAGCAAUAGCAACGCAGCAGCAAUAGCAAAAGAAAUAGCAAAAACGAACGAGCGAACGCAAUCUCAUUAACACUUUUAAAUGCAUCCAACCGUUCGCGCGAACAAACAGAAAUACGCAACGAAAUCGACCAAUUUGCCAACCGCGAAUUAGCCAACGCGGCGAAUGUGUAGCUUUGGCUUCAACAGGGGACUAUAAAACGAGAGCAGUCGCUUCGCCCUCCGCGCGCCCACUGUAAGAAAAAACAAACAAAGGAAAGAAAGAAAGAUACAGUUAUAGGCAUAAGCAUAUACAAAUAGAUAGGCGUAAACACAUAUAUAGGAAUCGGCACACUGAAAGGAAAUCCCCCCCAUUUUAUGCGCCAGAAUACACCGCACCUAAAUGGAAAGACUGAACGGGAUUGUAAAGCAGGUCGUGUCAGCAGAUACCUACGUUUUGGCGGGCGCCAAGAAGGGCGGCGUUGCGCAGGAAAGACAAGUGAGCCUGGCGUGCAUCCAGUGCCCAAGGCUGUUCAUGAAAAGCCAAAAUGUGGAAAAGAGUGAAGAGGCAUUCGCCUGGGAAAGCAGAGAAUUCAUUCGAAAAAUGAUCAUCGGGAAGAAUGUGAGCUUCGUAGUGGAAUACGUCUACAACAACAGAACGUAUUGCAGCGUAUUUUACGAGGAGCAGAACUUAUCGGUGCUGCUACUCGAGAGGGGUUAUGCCAAUCUAGUGUCGAACAAGAAUGUGAAAACGAAUGUGUAUGCCGAUUUGGAGAGUUACUACGUGGAAGCGAAGGAAAAGAAGCUGGGCAUAUUUGGUAGCAACGUUAACUCCUAUGUGAGGAACAUUGUGUAUUCCUAUAAUGACAAAAAUCAGAACAAGAAAAUUUUUGAGCUGUUUUCAAACAGAAAAUUGCAGUGCGUCGUUGAGCACGUGAGGGAUGGAUCUAACUUUCGCGUCUACGCGGAGGUGGAGGCGAGUGACAAGCGGGAAGUAGGCAUUAGCACCCCGGGGGGCACUUCCACAUCACUGCAGAACGGAACGGUUGGGGAAAGCCUCAGCGGGGGAAAGGGGAAGAAGAAGAAAAAAGGCGCGAGUGGGAAAAAGAACCCCAAAAAUAAAGACGGAGCGGAGGACAGCGAUGGUGACGAUGUGGCCAAGGCAACAGCAGGGGGGUACAAAACGAUGUACUAUUUCUCCUUCACCCUUUGCGGCAUCAUAGUUGAUAUGUUCAAAAAGGAAGUAGUCAAUAAUGUGGAAAAUGUGAAGGAAGAGCAGUACGCCAUGGAGACGAAGAAAUUUGUUGAGGCCAGGCUGCUAAACAGAGACAUAGAAAUAGUUAUUAAACAUAUAGAUAAUAAUUGCAACUUAUAUGCCAAUGUGUUUUACAAGCUAGGAAAUAUAUGCACCCUCCUGCUGAAGAAUGGCUACGCCUAUAUUAAUGACUACACCAUUAAGUAUGUGGAAAAUGCUAUCGAUUAUAAGAGGGCCUUGGAUGAAGCCAUACAGCAGAGGAAGAAGAAGUGGGUCAAUUACACGGAGAAAAAAGUGGACUACGAAAAGGAGUACCUUGCCACCGUUAUUGAGGUUCUCUACGGAGAUGUGAUCAUCGUAGAUUAUCAUAAUGAGGAGAGGAGACUGUACAUGGCGUCCAUCAAGUGUGAAAAGCACAGCACCGAUUUGGCUCUAAAUACUCUAUGCCUAUCAGCGAAGGACUAUUUGAAGAGCCAAAUUACCGGAGAAGUUGUAAAAAUCGUUACGGAGUAUGUUAGGACCCCACAGAGCAAUAGCGAGGGGUACAUCCCGCAGUGCUCCGAUGACAAGGGAAGGAUGCAUUUUGUCAGCGUGUACAAAAUGGAGAAUAAGAAGAAGAAGGAGAGCGCGAAGGGGGGGGCAGCUCUCCCUAGCAGUAAGUGGGGCGGCGAGGGGGAUGAGAAAAAAAAAAAAAAAAAAAACGCAAAGAAGGGGGGUGCUACUACCACGGGGGAGAGCAACAGUGUGGGAAAGAAGAAGGGCAUACAGAUGAAUGGCCACGCGGGGACCCACGCGGAGACUCACGCGGGGGAUGAGAACGGCGAGGAAGACGACCAAACGGUGACCAACAUGAACGAACAACUCGUGGCCAGGGGGCUAGCCAAAGUGAUGAACCACAGACAGGAAGACGAAAAGGCGAGCAACUAUUUCAAACUACAAGAGUUAGAAAAGGAGGCAGAGGAGAAGAAGGUAGGAAGAUUCAACCCCCACUUGGACAUUAUCAAAAUUAAUAAUAUCAGUGGAAGCGAAAACUCCUUGAGGGCCAGAUCGUUUGAGAAUGUCCUUAACAAGUACAACAAUUUAAACGCAAGUGUAGAUUACAUUUACGGAGCAAAUAAGUUCAAGCUGCACAUCCCCUCGCAGAAUUUGCUAAUCAAUUUUAUCCUGCUGGGUAUCUCCGUGCAGAAAAUUAACUUGAAAGAAAUUGGCAGCAUGAACACGUCAGCUGUGCAAGUGAAGAAGUUGAGCGCAGGGGGGGGGGAGUAUGACGGGGAAGAUGCCCACAAUCUGGUGAACGGAGAUGGCAAGCCCAACAGGAAAGAAAAACUAGAGCUGAAGGAAAUCGCCAUCCAGGCGUACAAAUACACCAGGAAAAUGCUCAUGCAGAGGAAUGUACAAAUAACCAUCCUAACGUGCGACAAGGGAGGCAACUUCAUAGGAAUUUUGCGGCACCAAAAUAAAGACUUUGGGGUGCACCUACUCAGCUUGGGAUACGGAAUGCUAAACGAAAUAGGACUUAGCAACACCAAUGAAAGGAACAAUUACGUGAAAGCCGUUGAGGAGGCCAAGAAGGAAAAGAGAAACAUCUGGGCCAUUGAAAAAAUUGAUGCAAAUGAAGACGACGCAGAUAACGUCCUCCUCAACGGACAAAAGAAUUUGUCCCAAUUUGAUAACAUCUACUACUGCUCCUACGUGGAAGAUAUAAACAAUAUUUCCAUUCAGCUGAAGAGCAAACAGGAGCAGCUGAAAAAAUUGCAAGAUGAGCUGAACAAGCCAGCCAACUUAGAAUCUUCCUCCCAGUAUGUGCUCUCCGAAAUUAAGAAAAACACCCUAGUCAUUGCCAAGUACAUAGAUAAGUGCUACUACCGAGCUGUCAUCCUGCAGAUAAAUAAGGCAAAGAAGAAGGCCCUCGUUAAGUACAUCGAUUUUGGUAAUGAGGAUGAGUUAAAUUUUGAAGACAUUCGAAAGUUGAGUGACGGGUUAAGCCUAAAAAGCUACCCGCCAUUCAGCAUAAGGGUAUCCCUUGCUGGGGUUAAAAUUCCCGCCGAAAAUAAAAGCGAUUUGAUUAUCUAUGUGAAGAAAUUUUUGCUGGAUAAAUUUUUGUACGUCAAAUUUGAAAAGAAGGAAAGGAACGGCGCCUACUACCACGUGGUUUUCUACGACUAUGAGCAGUUCACCACGAACAAGAAUGUGAAGAGCGUGAAUGAGGACAUCGUCUCCAGCGGCAUUUGCUACGUGGACAACCGCAGUGACACCAAGAUCUUUGAGAAGCUCAAGAAGGAGGAGGUCGUGGCGAAGAAGGCCAAGCUCGUCAUCUGGGCCUACGGGGACAUCGACUACGACGACGAGAGUUGA